AUCGCCUUCGCUUAAUAAUCUCCUCCUCCGUAUUAAACUCGGUUUUUUUAGAUAUUCCCAAGAAUCUCUCCUCUCCUUUCCAUUGUUGCUCCGCUCGGAUUCCGCUCUUCUUCUUCUUCUCCGUCUCCGAUUCGGUCUCCUCCUCCUCUGCUCCGACCAGGAUUCUGCAGCGGCAGCGGCAGCUGCUGCGGUUGGUUUUUCAGGCUCGGUGGCGGCAGGCAGCGGCAUGUGCGUGGAGGAACUCGAAGGCGCAGAGAGGCUCGAUUUUGGUGGGGUUGCGGAGCUCGAGACAACACCGGCAGACUUCGAGAUGGAGAAAGUUUGUGAGAACACAGUAUCUCUUGAUUUCAAGCAGGCUAGGUCGAGCAGUUUUGUCCCAGUUAUCCGAUCAGGGGACUGGUCGGAUAUUGGAGGUCGCGAUUACAUGGAAGAUGCUCAUGUCUGCAUCUCAGAUCUAGCUAAUAAUUUUGGUCAUAAUUCAGUGGAUGAUGAGAUUAUUUCCUUUUAUGGGGUCUUUGAUGGGCAUGGUGGAAAAGAUGCAGCUCAUUAUGUGCGUGAUAACUUGCCACGGGUUAUCGUGGAAGAUGCUGAUUUUCCUCUUGAGCUAGAGAAAGUUGUCAGGAGGUCAUUUGUGCAAACUGAUAGUCAAUUUGCAGAGAGGUGCUCUCAUCAGAAUGCACUUUCUUCUGGAACGACAGCGCUUACAGCAAUGAUUUUUGGAAGGUCUCUUCUGGUUGCUAAUGCUGGUGAUUGCCGAGCAGUUCUUUCAAGGCGUGGUACCGCAAUUGAAAUGUCCAAGGACCACAGGACUUGCUGCCUCAACGAAAGAAAGCGUAUAGAAUCACUUGGCGGCUAUGUUGAUGAUGGCUAUUUGAAUGGUCAAUUAGCAGUCACUAGAGCAUUGGGUGACUGGCAUCUCGAGGGUCUGAAAGAAGUGGGUGAGCCAGGUGGCCCCUUGAGCGCGGAACCAGAGCUCAAGAUGAUCACACUGACGAAGGAAGACGAGUUCUUGAUAAUAGGAAGCGACGGCAUCUGGGACUUCUUCUCGAACCAGAAUGCCGUGGAUUUCACCAGGAAGAGGCUCCAAGAGCACAAUGACUUGAGGUUGUGCUGCAAGCAGAUCGUCGAGGAGGCAAUAAGGCGAGGGGCCUCAGACAACCUAACGGCGGUGAUGGUCUCAUUCCACCAGGAGGCCCCUCCUCAGCUCAGAGUGAACAGGACGGGGAGGGUCGAGCGGAGCAUAUCGGCUGAAGGGCUUCACAGCCUCAGGGUGCUCCUGGAAGGCCAAUGAUAGCUCCACUGCUAUCAUCAGCCUUGAAGUUGUGCAGAAUUGAAGAGAAACCUUAUCUUGAUGUUGUGCAGAAUUGAAGAGCAACUGUAUUUAGUGAUUUUCGGCAUCUUGCUGUUUACCCCCAAUCCAUUGUCGACAUUCCAGUGUGUGUUAUUGUGUGAGAAUAAAACCAACGAACCUGAGAUCUCACCUUGCAUUGUGAGGCCCAGGCAUUGUAAAUAAGUUGGGAGAUAGUAGGUAAGGAGUGUGAGUAGUGUGCAUCCAGGGGGCUUUGAGGCUCAUUAUGCGAUGUAUUCCCCUGUCAUCUGUAAAAAAAUAAAUACCGGGAUUGUUAGUGUGAUUAAAAGUUCUAUCGUGUGAUGAAUA